CUUAACCACUGUGCCACCAAGGAAGUCCCCAUUUUUAAAAAAAAUAUUCUUUUCCAUUAUGGUUUUUCCCUGGUGAUUGGAUAUAGUUCCCUGUGCUAUACAGUAGGAUUAACUCUUUCAAAUAAAUUUGUUUCUACGCUUAAGUUUUUAAAUUAGAUUUUUAAAAAAUAAUAUAAAUGUACGUUUGUUUUUUAACCUGCAAAGGAAUUCCAGUUUUAUAAGACUCACUCCUGGGUGGGAUAAGAAGGGUGGGAGGGAGACGCAAGAGGGAGGAGAUAUGGGGAUAUAUGUACAGCUGAUUCACUUUAUUAUAAAGCAGAAACUAACACACCAUUGUAAAGUAAUUAUACUCCAAUAAAGAUGUAAAAAAAAAAAAAAAAAAAAAGACACUCCUGUGGCCAAGAACCCUAGCCCUGGAGUAAGAGCCCCAGCCACUCUCUAACACCAUAACUUCUUCCCUGGGAACUGAUCUCCUCGGAUCCCCUGCCAGAUCGGAGUCCGGAGAAUACGUGAACCGGAUGUUGACUCUUUUGCCAUGGUAACGGACGUGAAUACGGAAGUUACGCCAGAGGAAGAGGAAGUGGAGCGGGCUGAGAACUCACGUGGCUCCUGCGUGUGUUUCUAGGUCCUUGGAACCCGGUCCUUUAAACUCAACCCCGGCUUAGUAGACAUGGGUCGUUCGGGGAAGUUGCCCUCCGGGGUCUCGGCCAAGUUGAAACGCUGGAAGAAAGGCCACAGCAGCGACAGCAACCCGGCCAUCUCCCGCCACCGCCAGGCCGCCCGCAGCCGCUUCUUCAGCCGGCCCUCAGGAAAGAGCGACUUGACAGUUGAUGCGGUAAAGUUGCAUAAUGAGCUGCAGUCAGGAUCCCUGCGUCUGGGUAAAAGCGAAGCCCCUGAGACUGCCAUGGAAGAGGAAGAGGUGGCGCCAGCUCUCACCGAGAAGUCCUCGGGCACCUUCCUGAGCGGCCUCUCCGACUGCACAAACGUCACCUUCAGCAAAGUGCAGCGCUUCUGGGAGUCCAGCUCGGCUGCCCACAAGGAGAUCUGUGCUGUCUUGGCUGCUGUCACCGAGGUGAUACGCUCCCAGGGUGGGAAGGAGACAGAGACUGAGUACUUUGCUGCCCUGAUGACAACAAUGGAAGUGGUGGAGUCCACGGAGUCUCUGGCCGCUGUUGCUUACCUGCUGAACCUCGUCCUGAAGCGCGUGCCCAGCCCUGUGCUCAUUAAGAGGUUCUCUGAUACCUCCAAAGCCUUCAUGGAUAUCAUGUCAGCCCAGGCCAGCAGUGGCUCCACCUCUGCCCUCCGAUGGGUCCUCUCCUGCCUGGCCACCCUUCUGCGGAAGCAGGACCUGGAGGCCUGGAGCUACCCCGUGACCCUGCAGGUGUACCAUGGGCUGCUGAGCUUCACCGUGCACACCAAGCCCAAGAUCCGGAAGGCUGCCCAGCAUGGAGUGUGCUCCGUCCUCAAGGGUAGUGAAUUCAUGUUUGGUGAAAAGGCCCCUGCCCAUCACCCUGCUGCCACGUCCACUGCCAAGUUCUGCAUCCAGGAGAUCGAAAAGUCUGGAGGCUCCAAGGAGGCCACCACCACGCUGCACAUGCUGACCCUGCUGAAGGACCUGCUGCCCUGCUUCCCAGACGGCCUGGUGAAGAGCUGCAGUGAGACUCUCCUCCGGGUCAUGACCUUGAGCCACGUGCUGGUGACAGCCUGUGCCAUGCAGGCCUUUCACAGCCUCUUCCAUGCCAAGCCCAGCCCGGGUACCCUGCCAGCAGAGCUCAACGCCCAGAUCAUCACG